GGAUGAAGAAAAUCUAACCCACACCCACGCACACGCACACGUACGCGGAAAUUACUUUUCCUUUAUCUUUUAUCUUUUUCUCUCACACCGACACACUUAUAGCACCUUAGCAGUAAUUUCACUUACGAACGGCCAAACCAGAAUCCGAAUUUAGUUCUCCCUCUUUGUUCUUUUUCUUUGAUGAUAGCUUUUCCUGCUCUUAUCAUCGCUCUCUUAUUCACCUAACGAAUUAGUAAAAGAAAUAUCUUCCUCGCUCGGUGUAUUGAUCUAUAUAUAUAUAUAUAGCUAUACAUAUAUUUGCUGCGUUGAGCUUCUUUUCCGGUGGGCAUCGGUGCACAUAUCACAUAGCACCCUUCUCUACCACAAACGGUACACUGAGCGAAUCCCCUGACACGAGAAAAAGAACGGAGGUCAAGGAUACUUCUUUUUCUACCUCUCAUCUAACUCUAAAAAAGAAAAGAAAAACAUGUUCCGCACUGCAGUCCAACUGGCCAAGAAGGGCCCCCAGCCGAACCCCUUCAACGCCAAGUACCUCGGCCUUCUCCAGGCAGACGGCGGCAGCGCGAAGUACUACAAGAUCAACGAGAUCGACUCCAAAUACCACCACCUGCCCUUCAGCAUUCGCGUGCUGCUCGAGUCGGCGGUGCGCAACUGCGACGAGUUCGACGUCACCUCCAAGACGGUGGAGAACAUCUUCGACUGGAAGACGAACUGCACCAAGGGGAUUGAGAUCCCUUUUAAGCCGGCGCGCGUGGUGCUGCAGGACUUCACCGGCGUGCCGUGCGUGGUCGAUCUGGCGGCGAUGCGGGACGCAACGAAGCGCCUCGGCGGCGACCCGCGCCGCAUCAACCCGCAGAUCCCUGUGAACCUCGUCGUCGAUCACUCCGUCCAGGUCGACUGCGCCGGUGUGGCGGACGCGGUGGAGAAGAACCAGGACAUGGAGAUGUACCGCAACCACGAGCGGUUCGAGUUUCUCAAGUGGGGCUCGAAGGCCUUUGACAAUCUGCUGAUUGUGCCGCCCGGCUCUGGUAUUGUGCACCAGGUGAACUUGGAGUACCUCGCUCGCGUCGUCUUUAACCACGACGGCGUGCUCUACCCCGACUCCGUCGUCGGCACCGACUCGCACACGACGAUGAUCAACGGCCUCGGUGUGGUUGGCUGGGGUGUGGGUGGGAUCGAGGCGGAGGCUGGCAUGCUCGGCCAGUCCCUCUCCAUGGUGCUGCCGCAGGUGGUGGGUUACAAGUUCACGGGCAAGCUGCCGGAGGGCUGCACCGCCACAGACCUCGUGCUGACGGUGGUGAAGAACUUGCGCAAGCUCGGUGUGGUGGGCAAGUUUGUGGAGUUCUACGGCCCAGGUGUCGACGCGCUGUCGCUGGCGGACCGUGCCACGCUGGCGAACAUGGCCCCCGAGUACGGCGCCACGACCGGCUACUUCCCGAUUGACGGCGAGACGAUCAACUACCUCAAGAACACCAGUCGCUCCAUCGAGCACGUGGGGCGUAUUGAGAACUACGCCAAGGCGGUCGGUCUCUUCCGCACGGGCGAGGAGAGGAUCGAGUACUCGCAGCAUCUGGAGCUGGAUCUGUCGACGGUGGUGCCCUGCGUGGCUGGCCCGAAGCGCCCGCACGACAACGUCGCCCUCUCCGAUCUGUCGAAGGACUUCACGGCGUGCAUGUCGGCCAAGUCCGGCUUCAAAGGCUUCGGCAUCCCGGAGGCGGAGCACAGCAAGAAGGUGAAGUACACGGUGAACGGGCAGGAGGCCACGAUGGAGCACGGCAGCGUGGUGAUCGCCUCCAUCACGUCGUGCACCAACACGUCGAACCCGAACGUGCUCGUGGCGGCCGGCUUGGUGGCGAAGAAGGCGCUCGAGAAGGGCCUGAAGGUGCCGCCGGGGAUCAAGACCUCCCUCUCCCCGGGCUCGCACGUCGUAACCAAGUACCUGGAGAACUCAGGGCUGCAGAAGAGCUUCGACGCCCUCGGCUUCCAGGCCACCGGCUACGGCUGCAUGACCUGCAUCGGCAACUCGGGCGAGAUCGCGCCGGAGGUGUCGAAGUGCAUUACGGACAACAACUUCGUCGCCGCGGCGGUGCUCUCCGGCAACCGCAACUUCGAGGCCCGCAUUCAUCCCUUGACUGCGGCGAACUACCUCGCCUCGCCGCCCCUCGUCGUGGCCUUCGCGCUGGCGGGCCGCACAAACAUCGACUUCACGAAGGAGCCGAUCGCGAACGGGGUGUACCUGCGCGACAUCUGGCCCACCAACGAGGAGAUUGCCGCGGUGGUGAACCAGUACGUGACGCCGGACCUCUUCAAGGAGGUCUACGCACACAUCACCACCAUGAACGAGAAAUGGAAUGAGCUGAAGGUGGAGGAGGGCGAGUUCUACAAGUGGGACCCCAAGUCCACGUACAUCCACAAUCCGCCGUACUUCGACGGCAUGACCAAGACGCCGCCGGGCCUGAGGAGCAUCGAGAACGCCGCCUGCCUCGCCGUCUUCGGCGACUCCAUCACGACGGACCACAUCUCCCCUGCCGGCAACAUCGCGAAGGACUCCCCGGCGGCGAAGUUCCUGAAGGAGCAUGGAGUGGAGCGGAAGGACUUCAACACCUACGGCUCUCGCCGUGGCAAUGACGAGAUCAUGGUGCGUGGCACCUUCGCGAACACCCGCCUCGGCAACCGCCUCGUCGGCGAGGGCCAGACAGGGCCCUACACCGUCUACCACCCCAACGGCGAGAAGAUGUUCAUCUUCGAUGCGGCGAUGAAGUACCAGGCGGACAACGUCCCCACGGUGAUCCUGGCGGGCAAGGAAUACGGCAGCGGCUCCUCGCGCGAUUGGGCCGCAAAAGGCCCGUUCCUGCAGGGCGUGAAGGCCGUCGUCGCGGAGAGCUUCGAGCGCAUUCACCGCUCCAACCUGGUCGGCAUGGGCAUCGUGCCCCUGCAGUUUAAGGAGGGCGAGAACGCGCAGACCCUCGGCUUGACAGGCAAGGAGAAGUUCUCGAUCGACUUCUCGGGUGAGCUGCGCCCGCGGCAGGACAUCGUCGUGAAGUACGACAACGGUAAGUCCUUCACGGCGAUCCUGCGCAUUGAUACGGAGAUGGAGGUGAAGUACGUGGAGAACGGCGGCAUUCUCAACUACGUCCUCCGCACCAAGAUCGAGUAGAAAUGCUGAGAAAUAAAUGGUAAUGAAAGCAUACAAUAAAAAUAAUAAUAGGAAUCCGAGCGGCAACAUUCUUUAAAAGAAAAUGGAUAUAUAAGAAGACAUCUCAACCGCCUCUACGGUUUUAACGCACAUUCUGUUUGACAAUUCGAAACUGUAGCUCGCAACCCCCUUAUAAAAUAAUAUAUGUUGUUUUAAACCGGACGACACAGAUAUCUAAUUAUCCUCUCAACACGAACACCUCCAAGAUGAACUGUUUGCCUUUGCACCUCCUCAUGCGCCGUUCCCAUUUCGAAACUCUCGGCGGCACCCCGGACGCUCUACGUUGCCAACCUCGCAUGGCCAUUUGCGACUGCUUUGGGCUUUGUGUACGUUGUCAGCUGCGAUUGUGAAUGAGCAGGGAAAGAGAGAGAGAAACGGAAGGGAAGAAGAAGAAAAAUGAUCCAAGUUAAAGAAACGUUGGGCGUGUACCCCCUCGUGUUUUUUUUUCUAAAAUGGUGUUUUUUCACAUUCUACUUUUUUUCUUCUGUCGUUUGCCUCCGCUCUGCUCGGCAGCCCCCCCCGUCUCACCUCAGCUGUAUUGAUUCAGAGGAUACGGGCGGUACAGAAGGAAAGACCUGAAGCGUGUAAUGUUUUGGUUCUGCGCUUUGUUAUGCUGUGGGGAGUUUUUUUUUUUGCUGUUCUUUCCUUUUCCUUUCCUUUGUCGUGCGCUGCCUGUGCUGACUCACGUUGAUUCGUUGCUGACUUUUAUUGUUGUUGUGCAGGGUGUCAUUUCGAUCCUUUCGCGAGGGAGCACGCCUUGCAGCGAAAGACACGUUAGAGCUUGCGUGUUUGCAACCGAGGAAGCAUACACGCGCGCCGUGCAACGGGAUGCCACACAGCUGCAGUGUUCACGAGUGAGCGUCACGAUAUAGAUGUAUAGCCGUAUACAUACAGCUAUAUAUGCUUUUUUUUUUCUUGUUGAGCAUCGCGAUGCAGGUGAAAUGCUUCGGGAACACACAAGUAAACUUUGCUGGACCAGAGUUAAUUUGUAGAGCUAUGCUUUCGUGCAACAUCAGUUCUUUUCUGUUGGGAAAAAAAUUGCCUAUCAAAGUGCACUUGCUAGCGGCUUGCAAGGCUCUUUCUCUUUCUUUCAUCUGUGUAACCAAUUUGCGUGGACCCCAUUGCGUCCAGCGGGGUGUGUCUCUGCGCGGAGGCGUUACGGAUCACAUAUUACCAAAUUGCCUUCUUUUUUUUUCCUUUUCUUUGUGGGUGCAAGGACGAAGCUUCAACCACUUCAUCAGUUUUCUGACUCGGUGGAUGAAAAGGGAAAGGAAUAAUGACUGUUCGAUUGCUUUUACCUUUCACCUGUGUGUGUGUGUGUGUACGUCUGUGUGUGCGCGUGUCGUUGUUGGUUUAAACUUAGGAAUUACUCCUUCUUGUUUUCCUAGACUCACAUUUGAAAAACUUUUCACUUACUACUAUUACUACUACUUUUAUCAUUACUACUUUUUUUUCUUUGAAAACGGAUGUGUUAGUGGUUAGCCAAGGGAAGAAGGAAUGAAACCGAGGUGAGGCGGUACGUCAUCUUUUUUUCUUUUUAAAUUGUCAGCGUAUCCGUGAUGCGGCCACGGACAAAACUCCCAAACCAACAGCAGCAACAAAGAAAACGGCGAAGACGUAAUUGCCACGACGUAGAACUGCCUGUCGCAAGUCUUUCCAUACGGUUUCUGCUGCCCUUCACUGUUGGUGAUUAUUCAAUUGUUUCAAUGUUUCUCUGUUUGACAUUUGCUUGCUUUCUUUUUCUCUUUAACGGAAUACGAUCCUACUGUAACGCGUCGAUACGCACGUUGAACUUCUACAUCAGUGAAAGAAG